GCGCACCACCGUUCUUUUAACUGCGCAGGCGCGCCGGAAGCCCCUUGAGAGCGGCGCAUGCGCAGCGGGAGUCUAAACGGAGACCCCCGGGGUCGCACGACAGCCGCAGGAGGAGUUGGUGGGCGGUAUGCUCUCGCCCGAGGCGGAGCGAGUGCUGCGGUACCUGGUAGAGGUGGAGGAGCUCGCCGAGGAGGUGCUGGCGGACAAGCGGCAGAUUGUGGACCUGGACACUAAAAGGAAUCAGAAUCGAGAGGGCCUGAGGGCCCUGCAGAAGGAUCUCAGCCUCUCUGAAGAUGUGAUGGUUUGCUUUGGGAACAUGUUUAUCAAGAUGCCUCACCCUGAGACAAAGGAAAUGAUUGAAAAAGAUCAGGAUCAUCUGGAUAAAGAAAUAGAAAAACUCCGGAAGCAACUUAAAGUGAAGGUCAACCGCCUUUUUGAGGCCCAAGGUCCCAGGAACCGCUUGGGGUGAUCUCACGUUAUACAUCAGGGCAUGGCAUGGGGAUCAGAUAGCUCCGACUGAGGAAACUCAGAAGGCUUCAGUGAGUGAUUGAGGUCAGAGCUGAAAUUCUUGAUAAACACAAGCACUCUAGAUUGGUCACAGGUCUUGUAAAAAUUUGAGACAGCAGAGUCAUGACUUUGUAGGUUCUUGGUGACACAGGAGUGGUGGUGAUGCCUCAUCUGGUGCAUUGCAGAAUUGGAGGCCCAUCCCUGCCAGACCUCCAGGCCAAGUUUGGCAGCAUUAGUGCAGCGUCAGCCCCUUUCCUGGGCCUGGUUCCAGAGCCAGCAGGAGGCCUGACAUGCUGAUGGAUCAUCUUCUCUCCUAGGCAAACCGGAGCUGAAGGGUUUUAACUUGAACCCCCUCAACCAGGAUGAGCUUAAAGCUCUCAAGGUCAUCUUAAAAGGAUGAGACUCAAGAACCAAGAUGGGGGACCAGCAACCCCCCAGGGUCAUGAAGGACCCAGAACCCUCCAACCUUGACAUCUGUAAGAACAGGAUCUGCCCUGUAAGGGGACAGGCGUCAGGCAUCUGGCCAUGAAAACCUCUUUGUCUGUAGUGCUUGGCUACUCUGUGAUGGCAGGAGGGAACCUUCAGCCUAUCUGGCUGCUGGACCUGGACACCAGGGCUCAGUGGACACAAGAUCUAUUGAUGGGCCCUGGUAGCCAUCAGUGGGUGUGUGGGGCAGUGGCUGUGGGGGUGUAAGAAUGACUGCAACAGGCACUUCCCAACAAUGGCCUGCUGUUCACAUGGACCCUGAGCAAGGAGGGAGGGAGGGAGGGGCAGAGUAGAGUUUCAUUCCAGCAUUCCCCUCAGAGGGGAGAGAGGUUUUCAGGCAGGUGCCAUGGGAUUGGAAUAAACCAGGAGGCUCAUGGGUGGUUGCUGAAUGAAGAACAGAAUCUUGGUGCUCUGUGGCUCACCACAGCCAUCUGUGGGGCAGGCACACACCUCCCUGCCAGCUCCAUUUUUGCGCUUUUUCCCUGCUUGAUUCCAAGAGUGGGUGCUGCCUAGCAGCCCUUUGUGGCCGCUCUUUACUCAGGAGGGCCUUGCAGAGUCCUGCACCAGGCCUGGGUGAGUGGGUGCCCCUCUUACCAUAUAUGACAUGUGUCAAGAGUGACCUUCCACCCCCUCUGAAAGUGGGGCCUGGCCAGCACUGCUCGUUACUGUCUGCCUUCAGUGGUCUGAGGUCCCAGUAUGAACUGUCAUGAAGUCAAAACUCUUGUGUUCAUUAAGGGCUCAAUAAAUGUUAGCUGAAUGAAU